AUGUCUUCCGCCACGUUCCAGCUCCUCAACCACCGAGUGGUCCACAGCUUCACCGCCGAACCAUCCAACGAUAGCUUCAACGUGAUGGACGCCCGUGUCCCCACAAGCCUUUCCAUAGACGAGACGAUAAGACUGGCAGCAUCGAGGAUCGUCGGGUGCUCGGACUCGGACCGGGUCGGGAUCCUGUCCUUGCUCAACGUCCCGUUCGACCCGUCCAUCUCGGGUCUCUCGAUCGAGGACCAGAAGAACGUCGAGCUCGCGGAGUACCUCCUGUCCUCCGCGGACCGCGUCAGCAGUCGCCAGUACGACGAGGCCAUCUCCCUCGUCGACCUGUGUGACUGCCUGUCCUCCCCGAAGGGGAACGCGGUCCAGAGGGUGGUCCACUACUUUGCCAGAGGACUGCGAGAACGGGUCGAGAACGAGACGGGACGGAACUACAAGUCGCCGUCGUCAAAGAGGGACGACGGCGACGAGAAGUCGUAUUUGGGCGACGUGCUGAGGCUGCCGUCGCCCUCCAUCGUCCUCUCGGCCCAGGAGCGGUUUCCUUACUAUCAGAUGCAACAGCUGGCGGCCGUGCAGGCCAUGCUGGAGUCGGCCGCCUCGGCCAGGAGGAUCCACGGGAUCGAUCUCAAGAUCAAGUCCGGGCUCCACUGGAUCGCCUUCAUGCAGGCGCUCGAAUCUCGACCCGCGGAUGCACCGCGGGUCGAGAUUCUCAAAGUGACCGCUAUGUGCACCGGAGCGGUCGAACCGGUUCGGGCCACGGGCGAGUGGCUGACCGGUUUCGCGAAGUCGAAGGGGUUGAAUUUUUGUUUCAAGAUUGUGAGGGUGGAGGAUGUUUUGGAUGUGAGGGGGGAGAUGUUCGGGGUGGACCAAGGGAGGGAGGCGGUGAUGGUGUACUCGGAGCACGCGUUCGUGGCGAUGAUCGGUCGGCCCGACCGGAUGGAAACCCUGAUGCGGGUCGUGAGGGGGUUGAACCCGCAGCUCAUGGUCGUGACCGAGACGGAGGCGAACAACAACUCCCCGCAGUUCUCGGCGCGUUUCGUGGACACGCUGUUCCACUACGGCGCCGUUUUCGACAGCGUGGACGCGUGCAUGGGCGCGGACGACGAGAGCCGGACGUUCAUGGAGGGCGGGAUAAUGGGGAGGAUGAUCAGCAACAUUGUGGCGCGUGAGGGGGAGGAGCGCGUGAUACGGGGCGUGAAGCUGGACGUGUGGCGGGCUUUCUUUCGGCGGUUUGAGAUGGUGGAGCGGAGGCUGGGGCCGGUGGCGUGGCAGCAGGCGAGGCUGGUGCAUGAAACGGCGCCGAAUGGGGAGUUCUGCACGGUGGAGAGGGAUGGGAAGGCGAUGGUGAUUGGGUGGAAAGGCACGCCGUUGGUUUCGGUUUCCACGUGGAAGUUCUUCCGCUCGGCUAGGCUCGUGAACGGGAGCAAACACUUGCGGAUCGAGUUCGAAUAA